AUGUCUACGAAUAACGGCUUUGGGCCCCCUCCACCCCCCUACAGUUUUGUAGGCUCUUCGCGACUCUCACCCCCCCAAUCUGUUUGUCCUUCGCUUCCAGCAUAUCAUGCUGGACUCUCCUUAGGCUAUGGAGGGCCGUCACCUAGUCAAUUACCUAACCCUUUGCUGAGCGGGGGGUUUCCAGGAGUUCUACAGACUAUUAGACCACCCGUGCAACAACCCCCGUCAAUGACAACUGAUGACCAAUUUUUAUGUCAGAAUGAGACAACGGCUGUCCAAAGACCUGAGUUUGAGCUCCGCCCAGAAGACGUCGUGGUUCCAAUAAUGGGAAUGAUUGGUGCGGGGAAAAGUACUUUUGUUUCCCUUUUGGCUGACUGCCAAAACGCUGCUCUUGGACAUAUACUCAAAGGAUCUACGAGGGAUGUCGAGGUAUAUCCAUACCAGGUUGAUAGGAAAACAAGAGUGCUUCUUGUCGACACACCAGGGUUUAUUGGAACCAACAGAAGUGACAUUAAUACGCUCCGUUCCGUAGCAAACUUCUUCUGCCUGACUUUCUCCAACAACGUUAAGACGGCCGGCAUAAUAUACUUACACGACAUAACAGCCAAACGGAUGGAUGGCGCCGCAAAACGUAACUUGCGCAUGUUGAGAAAGCUCUGCGGCGCCACUAAUCUAUCUAAAGUGAUCAUGACCACGAAUAAGUGGGGAAACUUGGGCGAGUUACAUGACGGGGUCAGCCGCGAAAAGCAGCUACGAGACUGUUACUGGAGAAGCAUGCUCAGUCGUGGAAGUACGGCCAUGCGCCACACUGGUAGCAGGCGGUCAGCAGAGCAGAUUGUGAAAGCCCUUCUGCACAAACGACAGCCCAUAGUCCUCGAAAUCCAACGAGAAAUGGGGUUACACAACCAACAGCUGAGCAACACGGCUGCAGGCCGAGAACUGUAUGCGGAUAUGGAAAGGGAUAGGCAACGAUACGCCGGCGAACUCGUGGCAUUGCGGCAGGAGUUCGAUGAGGCGCUGCGGCGGAAGGAUUCUGAGUAUGGUCACGCGCUGCGGGGGACCAAGGCACAGCUGCAGGAGAAAAUCGAGUUGCUAGAGGAGAGAAUGAGGGCCCCGAGGGUGGAUUUCCACCGCUUGAAACCUGAGACGAAUGAGCGGGAGUUGGGGAAGAAGAAGAAUUUCGGGCGGACGGCUUUGGGGAUUGGUGUGGGUGCUAUACUCGGUUUGACGACGGGGAUUUUUAUUUAA